ACAAAGCGGUCUUCCGCACACAUGCAAAUACUGCUGCCCCUUUUUCUGGCAUACCUUUACCCAUGGACAAAAUUACCAAUUUUGCCCAGGCCUUACCUAACCACAAACAGGGAUAUAUUUUUUCAGUCUUCUGACUGUUAAGUUUAUGUGGUCCAUCCUGAAUAUUACCAUUCUACGUAGUAUCUUUAUUGGCUUUAAGUGACACUCCGUUAUUUGGUAUCCAAGCGAAUGCAGAAGUAGGUAAACAUACAAGGAAAUAUCACUUCUUGGUAUAUGGACCACUGGGAACAAUAGUAAUAGUCUCAAAGCGGUCUAAUAGCUGUCAAACGUUGGUUUUAGCGAAUGUUUAGGGAGGGUGCGGCCAUAUGAGGCGACUCUGAUUAGGGGUAUGGUUUUAAAAGGUUAAUCAUUUCCACAUAAAAUAUUCAACUAGGCAAAGGUGUUUUAUGGCGUUUGUGGCUAGGACUCGGGUAACAUAAAGUUACAGGAGCGUUCAUGAAAGUAACGUUAUUUUAAAACUAUCAAGGAAAAGGAUGCUACUUGGACUGCGACGUAUAAUUACCACGAAUAGGGAAAGUUGCAUAUUAAAACCUUAAUGUACUGUGGGGUUACCUUAUAAAAGGACGGUGUAGUCCGCACCAACGCAUAAAAUCACUCAAGAUGAAAACAACAGGCAUUCAAGCGUUCAUUAUUUGUGUGACACUAGUCUUUAUUGUAGAAGGGCGCGAUGACCAGGACACCGUAGCCAAAAAGAUACUUGAUAAAAUAUCCAGUUUCCUGACUCCAAAGAAAGUAGUGGUGCCCCGCGGACCGGCAGGUCCCGGUGGCCCCUCUGUAAGAGGACCGGCAGGGCCAAGGGGAACAUCAAGGGGGGCAACAACUACCUACGUGACCCCCAAUCUGGAUUUCCUUUAUGUUCUGGACAGCAGCGGUAGUAUUGGGUCUGAGCAUUUUGACAAGGCGAAGAAAGGGGUACAGGCACAAGUGGAUGUGAUUGAUCUAAAAUCGAAAAUUUCUCCAUCGGGAACCCACGUUGGACUGAUAGAAUUUUCAUCUCCGGCCAAAACUCAUGUGGAGUUCACUCUACGCCAAUAUACUAGUGCAGCGGCCAUCAAAGCAGCAGUCGGGAAAAUUAACUACGACGAUGGCCGUUCAACAGCCACGGCUGAUGCACUGAGAUUGGCCAAGAAACAUUUUGAUCAAUAUGGAGUGAGGGAAAAUGUGAAAGUAGCGUGGGUCAUUACUGACGGUCAGUCAAACAGAGGCGGGAAUCCAAAAAUCCCAGCAGACGAGCUGAAGAAGAAUGGUGUAGAAAUUUGCGUUGUUGGCAUAGGGAACAAUAUAAACUGGAAGGAAAUAAAAGACAUUGCAAUGUCCGACUGUCACUUCGACGUUGAGUCGUACGAAGCUUUGCUGGGCAUCAACGAGAAAACGCUGACAAUGGCGAGAGCGGCUGUGGCAGCAAAGGCAAGAGCGAUGGCAAGAGCGGCUGCAGCAGCUAAAGCUAGAGCGUUAGCGAGAGGAAGAGCGUUGGCCAAGGCCAGAGCCGCGAUGGCGCAAGCUAGAGCAAGGGCGAUGGCAGGACGGCACUAGCGUAACUCUACGUGGUGAUAAAUCAAACUGAAGAUAAAUCGUCGGAAUUAAAUUCCAGAAAAUGAACUCAGUCUUUUCCUUUUCAUAAUGAUAAAAUUUUAUCCAGUUGGACUAAAUUCAUUCAAAGGUUAUGUGACAAGAUUAAUGGUUUAGUUUUGUUUUGUCUUGUCCAUUUUCAAUGUACAAUCGUAGACUGACGUUUAAAUAAAUAAAAUUAAAACAUUUAGUUUGAAGAAUAUAAGAGACACUCUUCACGUCAAUAAUAAAGCCAGUUUUUAAACAUUUUU